UUUCGCUCUUGCAUGCGCCUGCAAUUAUUUUUUCGUUGGUGUCUGUUAACUUAUAGAUUUCCAAAAGUACCAGUGAGUCUCUCUAUGGGAAAAUGGCGAGAUACGGAGGACUUCCUUGCCAGGUGGAGGCAACAUCAGACCACAAUGAUGCCCGAAGUGAUAGUAUUGUUCUAGUUGCAAGUAGUUUGGACAAAUUGACAGGAAAUCUUGAGUUGUACAAGACUGUACUCUUGGCCCAGCUAAAGGUGGACGGUUCAUUACAUAGUACUGUGUCCCUGAUAGCACUACCACUAGAGUCUCCCAAAGCAUUUGUCUUUUCACCUACUGGUCCAGUCAACAGGGAUUAUGAUGAUGUCAGACGGUUUGCAGAUGCAGCAGGAGCUGGUAUUAAACGUGCUAUAGCAGCAGGUAGCAAGUGUCCUUUGCUGAUCUGUGCACCUGAUGAUACAUUCCCCAAGACUAGUCUGAUAUCUCUCCUUGGAGCCUUGCAAGUCUUGUAUGUGCCGUAUGAAAUCCGCCAAGAUGUUCCAGCUAAGGCUCAGAAGGCCAACAAACUCUUUGUCUGGUGUGAGAAUGCAGCAACUCAGAAUUCUCUCAUACAACAUGCUGCAGCUAUUGAGAGUGGAAGGUUGGUAGCCCGUGAUAUUGGUGGAUCAGAUCCUGAACGUAUGGCUGCACCCAGUGUGUCUCAAUAUGUUAUGGAUCUUUUCAGAGAUUCAUCAAGUGUCAAGGUGAGUGUAGUUAGUGAUGACAACACUCUUAUGAACUCCUACCCGCUUUUCUCAGCUGUCAAUCGAUGUGCUAAGCUUGUAGAGCGCCACCAAGGACGCAUCAUCAAGCUGGAAUAUGUAGGAGAGGGUCAAGUGCAGAAGACAUUGAUGUUCGUUGGAAAGGGUGUAACCUAUGACACUGGUGGAGCUGAUAUCAAGGCUGGCGGUCACAUGGCAGGGAUGCACAGAGAUAAGUGUGGGGCAGCAACUGUGGCAGGAUUCUUUCAAACUUUGGAUUUGCUGAAACCCCGGAACAUUAAAGUAAUUGGAGCCAUGGCUAUGGUCCGUAACAGUGUUGGAGUAGAGAGUUAUGUCGCAGAUGAGAUCAUUACAUCUAGAGCUGGUAAGCGAGUCCGUGUUGGUAACACUGAUGCUGAGGGGCGUAUGGCAAUGGCUGAUGUACUCUGUGAAAUGAAACAAAAGGCUGUGAAUGAAGUGAAUCCUCAUCUCUUUACCAUAGCAACUUUGACUGGACAUGCCAUACGUGCCAUGGGACCAAAGUACACCAUUGUUAUGGAUAAUGGUCCCGCCUUCAAGACCAAACAUGCACAGGCUCUACAAGCUGCUGGUGAUGAAAUGGGUGACCCCUUUGAGAUUUCAACCAUUCGUAGAGAGGACUAUGAAUUUCACAAGGGGAAGUCUGAAUACGAAGAUGUGUUACAGUGUAACAAUGAACCAUCAAGUGCUACUCCACGUGGGCAUCAGUCUCCAGCUGCAUUCUUGAUUAUGUCUUCUGGUCUGGAUGCGCAUGGUGUGGACUCCAAAACACCCCUGAAAUAUUCUCAUCUGGAUAUCGCUGGUUCAUCUGGCCCAUUCCCUGGGAUACCAACAGGGGCACCAAUUCCUGCAUUAACACACAUGCACCUGUUGGAGUAGAACACCUUCCCAUCAUGUCUUCUCACUGAAAUUCCACCCAUUAUUGACAUGCUACACAGAGGUAAAUAGAAGUUGUUUGCAUAAUCGCUUGGGUUUUUUAAUUUGUUUUGAAGAAAUGGGUGGAUUUGGUAAUGAUUGGACAGUGAUGAGAUGCAGAUUGCAGAUGCAGAGUGAGUAUCACUCAAAGUUGCUCAAUUAUGCAUAGUGAACCAAAUGACCACGCCUACAUUGCAGUGCUCCAAAAACCUUGAUAACAAAGAUUGCCAUCUUUGGGGUUUCAAAUAGCAUUACCACUAAUUGCUAGAGAAUAAUUAUUCCUGUAACAGUUUGUUUUGGAAAGGGUCACAUAACCCAAAGAUGCCUGUAUUAGUGUUACUUUUUUGUAAUAGUUUGCCUUCCUUGCAUACAAAAAUGUGAUAAUCUGAAAUCUGUAUUCUGUGCUGUUGAAAUGAUUGGGCUGUUUUCCUAAAAUCCUUUCUUUAUAUUCUUAUAACCAGGACAUAAUGGUUCAAAUAUAAAGCUGCGUUCUUCAUUGCAGUUUCUCGGAAAUAAGUCAUACAAAAUGUGUCAUGUAAACACAUUCUGGCUGUAGUCAUAAAUAAUUUGGCGUAGAACAAACUACAAGAUUUAAAUGGGAAGCAGUAAGCUGGAGUUAUAACGUAUUCUGGCUUCUAUAUUUUGGCGGUAAUUCCAGCCAAGGAUAUUGCAUUGGGCAUCACAGGGAGGAUAUAGUUACGUGGAUUAUUUCUACAGCGUGAUGGUAAGAUUACAUACUUGCGUCUUGGAACUCCUCACGUUAGCGUUCCGGCCAAUUGAAGUAUCUGACCACAAAACAGAUUAUGUCGAAAACGAUGGAUAGAAGUAUAAAGCUUCAAGUACAAUUUCAUUUUUAAACUUCAGUUUAUUAACAGAUAAGGAAUGGUAAGAUUUUUUGUUUAUUUUGACAAAUGAUUCUAUGCAGUGUUUUCUUUAGGUCUGUGAUUUGAGUUCAAAAACCUGCUAAACAUGUGCUGAAUGAAAAUUCACCAAAGAUACGCAACCAUAACCAUUAAGAUAACAGAUAUUUGGGCAUUGAGCAUGGUGUUCAGUUUAUUUAGUUGUCAGCAAUCGCGGGUGAAAAGGGUCUCAACUUUUAGCCGAAAAAAAAUAUUUUCUAACUGUUCCUUUGGGCAUGAAGAAAAAUCAAUAGCUUUACUAUUCAAAAAAGCAAUGAACUGGAUACAUCUUUAUUUUGUAGCACCUAGUAUUUGUCUAUAAUCGUAAUCGGUUCUAAAUAAAACACGUAGCUUCUUAAAAUUAAUGUAUGUGCAUCCAAUGCAAGUAAAGCAAUUGAAACAAUAGUGCGACUUUUUCUAUGAUCUUUUAUGAAAUCUACUCAGACAGAAGCAGGCUGCUUUUAAAAACGAGUUGAAGGCGAGUUUUUCACGAUGAUGUUGCAUGUUCUGCCACCCCAGAUCCAUGCACGUCGCUGUAGCUCCGUUACACAUUAUGUUAGCAGAUAUGUUAACCAUGCUUUGGAUUACUUGAGAAAUUGCCAGCCUAACAUAAUGUCCAUCACUAAAUGCAAACUUCACAGAUCAAAAGCAAGAGAAAAGCAAAAACGUAUUGAAAUGAAGUUGAACAGCUACGUAAGCAGAAUCUUUGUUCCGUCGCGGAAUUUUAUGAAAAACCGGAAAUUCCAUCGUGGUUUGAAUCAUUGGAAUGACCAUACAUCUUUUAAAAUUGCUCCGAGGCAAUCCAAUUCUGUUGCACCGCGCGUAGGGUCCAGAAGUGAAAGCGGGUCUUAAACCCUGGUGAAGAUGCCUUGUACAUGCUGUGAAUAUAGCCCCUGUCACUGACAGUGUCAGUCACGUUUUCUGUUGGAAAACUUGCAGGAUUUCUCUCCUCAACCUUUCAAGGUUUUGAUUUCAUUUUAUAUUUCUUUAAGAUUUAAAAUAGAAAUUGCAGUGAACAACUUAAUGGAUUGAAAAAUGCAUUUUGAAUACGUUUGCACCAAAUUUUGGUAGUGUGUCUUCAAACAAUGUCAGAGGGAGAAGAGUCUGCAGAUUGAAGACCUCCUUUUGAGCAACCAGCGAGUGCCGAAUCUCGAUUACUCCAUCAAAAUCAAUCCUUGGUUUUUAUUUCAACAUCAGAGUUCAGGAUCGAUUUUUAUGUUCAAGACAUAUGAUCAUUAGGUUUCAGUAAAGAUUCGUCUAUCCGAUUGAGAGUGAGGUUAUUGUCCUGCUAGUAAUGAUAGUCACUAUCGUCAAAGUCUAUAAAUACGCAAAGCGACUGUUUAUCUCCCGUAAUGGAAUUCUGCAUUAUUAAUGUACAAGCGGGAUACUGUAAUCCUGAAGCGGGAAUCUGGGACUUUUUGUAAUAGCCUUGUCGGAAUAUGUUGAAUGUAAAAAUAUGGCUCCUCGGGUAAAAUUUGAAGACUUAACCAGUGAUAUUCUUUGUCACCGGGAGUGUUUGUUACUGCAUAGUGCAUCAGGGUAACAAUAUACUAGUUGGGACUGGCACAAAUAUUGAUAUCAAGUAAUGUGAAUAAAACACGUCUGACGGAUGAAGUGUAUGCCUUA